AUGAUCCUGCCGCCGCAGUCCGCGACCGCCAUGCCGGCCGGCCGCACGCCGUCUCUGUCCUCGUCGUCGUCGCCGUCGGCGGCGCCGUGCUCGCGGGCGCGCGUGGGCGGUGGCCGCCCGGUGGUGCAGUGGAGGCGGAGGCACGUGCGCGAGGGGCUGCUCGUCAUCGACGAGGCGCAGCUGGCGCGCCUCAUCAAGCGACAGCCCAUCCACACGCUCUACCAGCUCGACCCCAAGCCCUUCGCCACGGGCCAGUUCGCGUCGGUGUGGCGGUGCCGGUCUCGUGAGACUGGCCAGGUGUUCGCCGCCAAGUUCUCCAGCCGCACGCGCUACGGAGACGACUGCAGUGCCGAGAUCCGCCACGAGAUCGCUCUGCUGUCGCUGUGCGCUCCCUCGCCCCGCAUCGUGCGCCUGCACGACGUCUUCGAGACAGACAACGAGAUCAUCAUUGUGCUCGAAUACGCUCCGGGCGGCGACCUGCAGACUAUUAUCGAUGACAACCUGGUGCCUUUCGAAUCGGACGUCGUCAAGUUCGUCCGCCAGCUUCUAGAGGGCCUGGUGUAUUUGCACGAACGCCGAAUCGCCCACCUCGACAUCAAGCCUCAGAACCUGGUGAUGAUGUCACAGUUCCCUGACUGCGACGUCAAGCUCUGCGAUUUCGAGAUAUCGCGAGUUGUUGUUGAGGGCGCAGAGAUCCGAGAACUGCUCGGCACACCAGACUAUGUCGCUCCUGAAAUCCUUCACUAUGAGCCGAUCACACUCGCUGCGGAUAUGUGGUCGCUAGGAGUAACGACUUACGUGCUGCUGACGGGCUUCUCGCCGUUCGGCGGUGAAACAGACCAGGAGACUUUCUGCAACAUCUCCGGCGCGCAGCUCGACUUCCCGGAGGAGCUGUUCGAGGAUGUGUCGGAGGCGGCGCAGGACUUCAUCCGCAGGCUUCUCGUGCGGGAUCCCAGGGCGCGACCGACGGCGAAGGAGUGCCUGCGCCACAGGUGGUUUACCGGCAGCAAGGUGAAGGUGAAGGCUCGCGCGAAGGACAGCGGCGGGCUGCGCAAGUACCUGUCCAAAUCGCGGGAGGCGCUGUUCGAGCGCGUGGUGCAGCAGCGCCAGCAGCAGCAGCAGCAGGGCAGCUGCCAGGACCUGCGACGGCGCACGUUGCUGUCGCAGCAGCGGCGGCGCCUCUGCGAGAGCCACGCGUCGCUGUUGGCGCCGGCGGCGGCCUCGCGGGCGCGCGCGCUCGCCGACCAGCCGUGGCCGGCGCCCGCGCUCAGCCGCUCGCGGGAGAAGCUGUACGGGCUGCGCAGCCUGUCGCGCUCCAGCGAGGCGCUGCCCAGCUCCGCCUCGCUCGACAACUGCGACGACGUCAACAGCAACGUCUGCAGCCGCGCCGCAUCGCCAGCCCGAGCGGCGUCGCCCGCGCCCGCCGACGUCACCAACAGCAACGUCUACUGCGAUGCGCCGUCCGCCGAGGACGAUCUCCUGGCGGACGUGCCGACCGCCCCGACACCGGAGCCACCUGCGGUCCGCGGUGAGUGGCGGGACGCCCCCGCAGACCUGACGUCGCCCGCGCUGCUCAGGAACUGCCUCGGCAGCGCCGUCUCCGCCAGGGCGGCAGUCGAGGCUGUGGCCGCCAACGGCGAAGAGCGCGUCGACGGUAGGGAGAACGGCUACGACAGCAACCCGGUCGAAAGUGAAGACAUCCCAGCUGCUGAACAGACGAGGACGGCAGACCCGCAAGUCGAGGACCUCGACAAGGUCCACAGGCGUCUUGGUGUAACACUUGCCCUUGAACAAAAUGCAGGUUGA